GUGCUGCUUCUGUUACCACUGCUGCUGUUGCGGCUAGGGGAACCGUCGUGGGGAAGGAUGGUCUGCGAAAAAUGUGAAAAGAAACUUGGUACUGUUAUCACUCCAGAUACAUGGAAAGAUGGUGCUAGGAAUACCACAGAAAGUGGUGGAAGAAAGCUGAAUGAAAAUAAAGCUUUGACUUCAAAAAAAGCAAGAUUUGAUCCAUAUGGAAAGAAUAAGUUCUCCACUUGUAGAAUUUGUAAAAGUUCUGUGCACCAACCAGGUUCUCAUUACUGCCAGGGCUGUGCCUACAAAAAAGGCAUCUGUGCGAUGUGUGGAAAAAAGGUUUUGGAUACCAAAAACUACAAGCAAACAUCUGUCUAGAUGUAUUGAUGGAAUUUCUGGCUUUCUAAAUGAUUUUACUUUCUGCCUUGAAUUUUUAAGGCAUAGAUGUAAACUUACAGAAUAACAUGUUUUAAGACAAUUAAGUUUACACCAGAGAAUUUGAUUGGUGUUCAUGUUGCUCUCAAGUUCUGAACAGCAACAGUAUAACUAGUCUUUUGCCUUAAGUGAUUAUUUUCCUUAUGAGCAUUUUAUUGAACUAAGUGGCAGAUUCCAUGAAAAACAUUUCUCAGUUCUGUAUGCACUUUUAUUUAACAUUACUCAUAUAAUUCUUAUCCCCUUCCUCUACUUUAUUUAUAGAUACUGCAGAAGUGAGAAGGAGAUAAUAGAUAUUUUGCUCUGAAUUUGGCAUGCAGUGUUAACAGUUCUUCCUCAGUCCCUUCCUGGUAUCAUAGUUCUUAGAAUCAGUAGUCUCUUAACUAAUUGCAGUUUCAUAGGAUAUAUAAAUGUUUUAAGCAGUUAUUUGCUGAAUGGUUCUUUAGUUGUUAGUCUAGACCCAAAUUAAAAA